UUUACGUGUAAAGCGAGAGAUGCUUCAGUGUUGUUGACAGAUGUCAUAGAAAGCCGGAACUGAACUGCAGGAGAUCACAGUCGCCGAAGCAGAAAUUAUGAGGAUAGUUUAUGCGUGCACGUUUUUGCUAGCUGUCAAUCAUUUGACAUCAGCAGUAAAAGUGAAGAAUGGGAGUCAGAAAUUCUCUGGAAACAAAGAUGACAAAUGCUUCUGCAAGCUAAAAGGAGAAGUUGAUGAUUGCUCCUGUAAAGUUGAAACAAUUGAUUCUCUGAACAACCAGAAGAUAUUCCCUCGACUGAAAAGUUUGAUUUCAAGAGAUUAUUUCCGUUUCUUUAAGGUGAAUCUUGCCAAGGAGUGUCCAUUUUGGUCAGAUGACAGCCGAUGUGCCCUGAAGGACUGCCACGUUGACACAUGUGCGGAGGAUGAGGUGCCUCCAGCACUGAAAAAUGGGAACGGGAAAGAAAACAAGUAUGCGGAGAAGGCUCAAGAGGUACAUUCAUGUGCAGAGGAGAGAGAACUCAGUGCCUUGGACACCACCAUCAGUGCUGAGAGCAAGGAGGCGUUCAAGAACUGGACAGAACACGACGAGUCCCAAGACCUGUUCUGUGACAUUGAUGAUGAGAACUCUGCAGGCCUGGAGUACGUGGAUCUGAGAUUAAACCCCGAGAGGUACACAGGCUACAAGGGAGCAUCCCCUCAUAGGAUCUGGAGAAGCAUCUAUGAAGAAAACUGUUUCAAGCCUCAGUCUAAAUAUGGAUAUGGCCCAAACAACAAACUUGCAAAACAGCCUUAUGAAGACAUGUGCCUGGAGAAGCGAGCCUUCUACCGUAUGGUGUCCGGGCUUCAUACUAGCAUCAACAUCCACCUGUGUGCGGAGUACCUGUUCCCAUCGAUCGGUUAUGGAGAUGCUGAUUGGGGUCCCAACAUGGAGGAGUUCAGGCAGAGGUUUGACCCCAAGACAUCCGACGGGGAGGGACCACAGAGACUGAAAAACCUCUACUUCACAUACCUGGUGGAACUGCGGGCGCUGGCUAAAGCUGCUCCCUACCUGUUGGAGGAAGAAUUCUUCACUGGAAGUGACGAGGAGGAUGAAGGGACAAAACGAGGAGUGGAAGAUCUGCUCACGGUCAUCAAAUCCUUCAACGACCACUUUGAUGAGAGUAAACUGUUUGCUGGAGAGCCAAAUGAAGCAAGGAAACUUAAGGAGGAGUUCCGCAUGCACUUCAGGAACAUCUCCCACAUCAUGGACUGUGUGGGGUGUGACAAGUGCAGGCUGUGGGGCAAGCUUCAGAUCCAGGGGAUGGGCACCGCCCUCAAGAUCCUCUUCUCCGGGGACACCAUUGGCCCCAUGUCCACAGUCAAUGCCAGCAGCAAACGCAACUUCCAGCUCACCAGGUCCGAGAUUGUGUCACUCUUCAAUGCAUUUGGAAGAUUGUCCACCAGCAUUCACACGCUGGAGAUGUUCCGGAAGAAGCUGCGGUGAUGUUGUUGAAGCUAGGCAUCAUGUACUCCCACUGAUCAACUGGACCAACUGAUUCAAGCUCAACUCUGCUAUAGGACAAUCCGUUUUAGUUCUCACAUUCUCUGUGAAACAGUAAAACAUCAUUCUCUAGAAAUGCAGAAACAAAGAAAACAUGAAGAGAAUAUUUUGAAAAAGAACAUUUGGGUACAGUACUUGUAAAAUGUCUGACAUUUUACAAAUUCUGCCAACAGUUUUCAAGUCAUACAGACAGAUUCCUGUGUGUGAGAUGACUACAAACAAUUUCAGCUGACAUUUUUGUAUUUCUACCACUUUUGAAUUUUAUUUUUUUCAAUGUUUCAGUUGUUUUUUCAGAUGUUUUUUUCUGACAUUGUAUUCACUGAUUUUGUUAUGUCGACCCUAGAAUCCUCAACAAUUCCCUCACACAUUUGCAAAACAUUCCACAUAGAUAGUCCUCGUUUAUGUUUUGCUUUUUGUGUUUGUUGUUAGUUUUUGUCACUGGACCGAGUUACUGGCAGCUCGUAACACAUCUUCGCCAGGCAAGUGUGUCCACUAGCCUAUAUCAAGCCUAGUUUCUACCCUUGCCAGGUCAAGGCCGCUUUUGUUGGCUCGACCUUGGCGCCACCUCGCAUAGAUCACGAAUUGUGCGUCUUGUAAUGAAAACACGAUAUCCAAUCAGAUCACUGUUCUUAUCUCGUAUAGCUUCACAAAGAUGGCUGGCAUGGGGGACGACCUAGUUGAUCAGAUAUCAAAAACAUUCUCGAUUUCAUCCCUGACACAAAAACAAUCGUUGGGGGUUUUAAAAGAUGGAAAAGACAUGUUCGUGUCAACAACGACAGGCAGCGGUGUAGUCACGGAUGUUGAUUUUGUGAAACGUUCUCUGAUUGGGCUAUCAAUAUGUGUGAUAGUCAAAUCCUAUUCAGCACAGGAAAGUGGGCUUGAUCAAGCUCCUCACAGCGAUAGCCCCCUCGCGGAUCUCUCGAUACUAUCGCUGCCACCAGUCAAAACUCCCCACAGUGAAUAGGUGGCCACAACCAUGC